GACGAGCAAGUAGAAGAAUUUACUACGUAAACAUUGCGAAUAAUYCACUCUAGUUUUUCUUAAAUAUGAUUCUUCGUAAUUUCGAAAAGACCUUAAAGCUUCAUUCCAAUUGGUUAUYUAACGGAAAUAUUAGAAAAGUAAAGGUUGAACAUGUCAUAAAUUCAARAUGUCUUCACCAAUUACAAAACCAAGACUUUCUAAACUCAGAUAACAGUUUUCCUCUGAAGAAUAAUUCCAAGACAACAAACAYUGACCACCCCCACUAYGUCCGUUGCAUUCACAAACCAUUGGAAAUCAAUCUGGAAAAAACAGACUGUGUGAAUGGCAAUAGAAAAUACUUAUCCAAGUUUCCAAGCGUUACUACAAUACUAUCAAAUACAAAACCAUCAAGUGAGUUCUUUGGCUUAAUGCAAUGGAAAAAAGCUAACAUUGAAAAACUUGGAAAAGAAAGGUUUAAUGUUAUGCAAAGAAAUACGACGACAAAAGGAACACAUUUUCACCAAGAAAUGAAACAUCAUUUUUCCAACUUGAACGGAAUGACACUUCCAGAUAUCAAGAUUGAGAAUUCAGGAUUUUUCCAAAGCGUCAGUAAUAUUCUUCCUGAUAUGACCAAUCCACUUGCCAUUGAGAGUAGUGUGGUUCACUCACAGUUAGGUUAUGCAGGGACAAUAGAUUURGUUGCUGAAUACUUGGGAAAACUCUCCAUAGUUGACUGGAAAACAUCACAGAAAAAGAAGACACAACUGAAAGACUGUCAUUCGUAUCCAGUGCAGCUUGCGGCAUAUGCUGGUGCWAUCAAUUACGAUGAUGAUUAUCCAUUYCAGGUUUCGCAUGGUGUUUUGGUCAUUGCCUAUGAGAAUGGUGACCCAGCUAAUAUUCAUGUCCUGGACGAGCAAGUUUUACAAGAGUUUUGGGAAAAGUGGCUGCUAAGAUUGGACAAGUACAAAGCCAAACAUAACAAUGAGGUUAAUGGGGACAUCAAAGGAAGUUACAACAAYGAACCCAAGGAUAUUAGUGCCAGUGGACCAUUCAGUAACACAUUAAAGSAGGGCACUAAUUUGGAUAUCCUGAUUGAUCCCAAUAAAAGUGGGACCAAGGAAGGUUGUAUUGAGGCAAACAAGGAGCCAAUUUCUUCUGUCUACUUUAGACCCAUUGAUAAUGGGGCCAGGAAACAGGGGGUAUCUAAUCCAUUGAAUGGUGCCCUAAAUUCUGUUCARAGUUAUGGUAAACGAUUACAUGAAAUUGGGCAAACAGUCAAAGAUGAAGAUGUGAUUUCAUCAUGGAGAACAUUGUCUGGUUUCAUGGAGGGUGUCUUUGGUCAAGUAUAUUUAUCUAAAGGGCUACUGUACACACAUAACAUCAGAACUUUAUUUAACAACAUGUUGUUUGGUAAUAAACUAAAGAAGAAAUAAUGUGAAAAAGACAUUUUAAAAUGUACAUAUUUUUAUACUAGUAAAGACAUACAAAAUUAGGUAGGUACAGUAAAUUUCAAACAAAUAGCUAAUCUUAUUUAACUUAACCUUAGUCAAAACGGCAGUAUUAUGACUGUGAUAUUAAUGGCUUCUUUUGAAGAUGCCCUUUUGAAGGUUUUCUAGUUGAAAUACAUCUUUAUAAUAUAUUUUUAUAGAGAGAGGAAAUAACCCUAUUGUACAGUUUGCAUGGCCAUACAAUUAAAGGAUUUAUACAAACCCUUUGUAAUAAACAGAUCRAACAGUAUUGAAUACUGACAAAUUUUGUGUAACACAUCUCAAUUGUAUUUUGAAAUAUGCAUUUGCAAUAAUAAAAUAUGUUGAAAUGA